CGCAUGGCCUUACACUACGCUGCCUAUUGUGGUAGUGAGCAGGGGAUCGAGUUCCUGCUGGAGCGUGGCGCGGAUGUCAACGCGCUGGACUCGUGGGGGGAGACGGCGCUGAUAAUAGCUGCAAGAACUACGAGCACAUCCUGCGUGGAGCUACUUCUCGCACACGGAGCGGGGAUA